UAUGAAAGCUAGUUUAUCCGUCUUUCCUUUGGAAGUUGGAAAAUUAUUUAGUGUAGCUAGCUAGUUAACUAACUAACUAAUUAGAGCUCACUCUUUUGCGACAAUUGAGAAUAAACGAUUUACUGUGUGUAGAACCUAUUCAGAGGUGUGCUAGAGUUACAGUUCAUCAUCUUUAGGGAUUGGGGCGUCCUCUGAAUGUCGGGACAACUUUGAAGAAGUUCUUUGUAUUCAGGGGUGGCUACAGAGAGAAAUCUGCAAAUUGAAGAUGGAUUGGGGCACAGAUCUGUGGGACCAAUUUGACAUCAUCGAGAAGCACACCCAGUCUGGCCUGGAACUGGUGGAGAAGUAUGUCAAAUUUGUGAAGGAGAGGACUGAGAUCGAGCAGAGCUAUGCCAAGCAACUGAGGAACUUGACGAAGAAAUACAACCCUAAACGAGGGAGUAAAGAGGAGCCGGAAUGCCGGUUCUCAAAUCACCAGUCCUUCCUAGACAUCCUGAACGAGAUGAACGACUACGCGGGCCAGAGGGAGCUGAUCGCUGAGAACAUGAUGAUGAACAUCUGCAUCGAGCACAAGUACCUCCAGGAGCUCAAGCAGGAGCGCAAGAUGCAUCUGGUCGAGGCCAAAAAAUCCCAGCAGAGCUUGGAGAUCACCUAUAAGCAGCUCGACAGUAGCAAGAAGCGCUUCGAGAGGGAGUGGCGGGAAGCCGAUAGAGCGGCUCAGUGUGCCGAGAAGACCGACCAGGACAUCAAUGCGACAAAGGCCGAUGUGGAGAAAGCAAAGCAGCAGGCCCACAUGCGGACACACAUAGCAGAGGAGUGUAAGAACGACUAUGCGGCGCAGCUGCAGAAGUACAACAAAGAGCAGAGCCAGUUCUACUUCGGCGACAUGCCGCUCAUCUUCAACAAACUCCAGGACAUGGAUGAGAGGAGGGUGAAGAAACUGGCCCAGGGCUACAUCUUGUUCUCGGACACGGAGAAGCACGUGACGCCCAUCAUUGGGAAGUGUCUGGAAGGCAUUACUAAAGCUGGCACUAAUAUCAAUGAGAGGAGUGACUCCAUGGCUCUUAUAGAGCAGCACAAGUCUGGCUUCGAGCGCCCGGGUGACCUGGAGUUUGAGGACUACAGCCAGGGGAUCAACCGGGCCUCGUCCGACAGCAGCCUGGGGACCCCUAAAGGCCCUUUGGACCUGCUGGGCAAGAACAAAAGCAAGCCCUUCUGGCUGUUCAGCAAGAAGAGCAAGCUCUCUCCCUCCUCGCCCGCUCCCUUCUCCACGCCCCCCGCCCCCUCGCCCGCUAACGGACCCCCCUCCCCCAAGUUUGGCCGGGACCCCCUGUCGUACUGUUUGAAGGAGAUCAAUAAGACAGUCAAACCCCGAAUCUCCUCCUUCCGGACCCUCAGGCGAUCGAGGUUUACUCCAGAGAGGACCACGCCCACAGUAACGGAGGACUUUGGCCACCUGCCCCCUGAGCAGCGCAGGAAGAGGUUACAGCAGAAACUCGAUGACAUCGGCAAGGAGCUGCAGAAAGAAGUCGACCAGAGCGAGGCCCUGGGGAAGAUGAAGGAUGUUUACGAGAAGAAUCCCCAGAUGGGCGACCCUGCCAGUCUGGCCCCUCAGAUCACCCAGACAGCCCAGAACAUGGAAAGGCUGAGGGGAGAAGUCAACAAGUAUGAGUCGUGGCUGGCCGAGGCAGGAGGCCGAGGGGACACGCUGCGCUACACGUCCCACUCCUUCAACAACAACGGCGCUCACGACGUGUACAGCCCUGACGUAGCGCACUCUGACGAGGGCACCCCCGACCGUCCCCAGGCCAUCUACGCCGAGUUCGACGACGACUUUGAGGACGAGGAACUCGCAGCUCCCAUCGGCCAGUGCACGGCCAUGUACAGCUUCCCGGGUGCCAGCGAGGGGACCAUCUCCAUGCAGGAGGGGGAGGUCUUGUCUGUGGUGGAGGAGGACAAAGGGGACGGAUGGACGCGGGUGCGCAGGACCAACGGCGACGAGGGCUACAUCCCCACCUCCUACGUCAGCAUCGCCCUCAACAAGUGACCCAGGCCGCCCUCCCCCCCCGCCCACCCUUCCCCCCGCGGGUCUUCCCAUAAGUCCACCCAUCAUUUGAACAUCUCGAUCACAGCUCUGCCCCCGAGACCCAUCGCAGAGAAGUGACCGUACCACGAGACGGGACCACCCCAAACACGAAUGUCCAUUCGAAAGCCGAGGGGCCAACAGACUUGACUGGACCUCAGUGAUGUACGCCCAUACUUAUUUGUCACCUGCUGGCCAGAGAUGGGUGCGCAGGGCUUCCAGGGUCUCUGUGACUGUACCAAGUCACCGUAAAGGCCCGUAGUUACACAAACCACACACGUGUUUGCUCGAGUUCAUGCCAUGAUAUCGACUUGUGCUUCGUGGUUAUGGUCAGUAAAUGAAUAUGAUUACGUGGGGUUUACGAACCCUUGUUCUCCGUCGUCAGCGUGCGACCCUGUCCACACCACGAGUCCACAGGAUGAGGAGAGAAGCGAGAAGACGGCCGGUGGAGCUAGGAUCGGGAGGAUGUGACCUAACCUGUAAAUAGCUGUUCUCGUCUUUUCUCACUCCCUCACAGACAAAUGGCGAAUCAAAGUACGUUCUUGCCCUUCUGUAGUUUCCUGCGUUUUUGUUGUUGUUUUUGUCUCUGAAGAAAUAAAGGAAUUGUCUUAAUUUAUACAACUGCACAAUACCAGGGCUUCGGUAGUUCUGCCUCUGUGUUCUAGGUAGAGAGUUAAGUCCUGGUAGAGAAACAGCGUCUAGCAUCCAGAUUCAAUUAGUUUUACACAUGAGGCCAAAGACUAUAAGGUGAUGGCAACUCGAAUGGUCAGACAAUCAACACCAUAUCUUCAUCACACUUAAAACCAUAACAACAAUGGUGUCUACGAAAUAACUGUUUAGAAUCAAGAUCUUUAAAUGCUAAGUUCUUGUUUGUAUUAAAACAUAAUUUAUUAAGAAGGUUGAAGUUAUUAUAAAGUACUUAAGGAUUCCAGUUGAAUUAAAGUUUUGUUUUGUUUUAGGGAAUUGACUUGCUCUUGUGGUUUUUCCCUGAAAACAUGGAGGACUGUCAGUAGACACAAGUACACAUUUUUAGGAUAGAUGCAGACAAAAAUGUGCCGUUUGACUUUUGUAUUUAUGUAAUAAGUAAUAUAUAUAUAUAUAUAUAUAUAUAUAUAUAUAUAUAUAUAUAUACAUAUAUAUAUAUAUAUAUAUAUAUACAUAUAUAUAUAUAUAUAUAUAUAUAUAUAUAUACAUAUAUAUAUAUAUAUUUUAGCUAUCACAACACCACUAUUGUCUUAUUAGCUUUCUAACCUCACGAAUAAAGAUUUCUAAGUUGUGUGUAAGUGUUUUUUGACAAGAAUGUUCAUAUUGUCUGGACUGAUACCUGUCUCCAGUACAUCAGUGUGUUAUUGAGCCAGACAGGAAGGGGGUUCUUCAUGUCAAAUGGACUCGUGUCCCUGUGCCUUUCUGGUUUAAAGCAUUGUGUAUAUACCAUAUUUGCAUUGAAAUGUCUUUGGUUUUCAAGACUAAAUAAACCUUAAGCACAUUUUA